AUGGCCAGCACCGUGUCGCUACUGCGCAAGCUGAUCCUCGAGUCUCCCCCGGGAGAAUGGGCCAUUAACCAGCUGCGCGAACUCUUGAUUGGCUCUCUGAAGCAGGGCCCGGUCCCCCAGCAUGUCGCCUUUGAAAUGGAUGGCAACCGACGUUACGCUCGAACUCAUCGAAUGGAAACUGUCGAGGGCCACCACCGCGGCUUCGAAGCACUCGCCAGGAUAAUGGAAAUUUGUUACAAGUGUGGCGUCAAGGUCGUCACCGUAUAUGCAUUUAGCAUUGAAAACUUUAACCGACCCAAGUAUGAGGUCGAAGGCCUCAUGCAGCUUGCCAAGGUUAAACUUGAGCAGCUCACUACCUAUGGAGAUAUCCUCGACCGCUACGGCGCAUCCGUGCGUGUUCUCGGCCAGCGCGAUAUGAUUCGCGACGAUGUCCUGCAAGUAGUUGACAAGGCCGUUGCCCGAACAAAGCACAACAACAAGGCUGUGCUAAACAUCUGCUUUCCCUACACCUCCCGAGCCGAAAUCACUACCGCUAUCCGCGAGACUGUCCAAGAUUUUCUCACUCCCCCUCCGCCCAAAAAUACACCAUUUUCGCCUUCGCGCAUUCGACAAAAGGUUCUCUCUUCCCAGUACGACGAUCGCGACACGCUUCCCACCAUUCGCGAUGCCUCGCCAGACGACCGUACCGAGGGCGACAAGGACGUAGACGGCGACACGGGCGACUCCUCAUCGACUCUGUUGCCCGACUCACCUCAGCCCCGCCAUCGCGCGAGGAAAAGCUCCGUUGACUUGUCGACACUUCCCAAUCCCGACACCAUCACGGCCGAUACUCUAGACAGCCACAUGUACACUGCAACCGAUCCGCCUCUGGACGUCUUUGUCCGCACCAGUGGUGUGGAGCGUCUUAGCGACUUUAUGCUUUGGCAAUGCCAUCAGGAUACACACAUUUUUUUCCUCAAGUGCUUCUGGCCAGACUUUGACCUGCAGCACUUCGUCUUUGUUCUGCUUGAGUGGCAGUGGAGGCAGAAGCAGAAGGCGAGGGAUGGCUCGGGGCCGACUAAGAGCAACAAGGCGCGCCGGGCGCUCGAAUAA